UCAUCCUGCAAAAACUGGAUGUAUUUUGCUGCAAUGACACGAAUAUUGACGUUGAUGUUUCUCGCGCUCGAGCUGUCCUGCGUUUUCGCGCACAAAGUAAAUAAGCACAAGCCAUGGAUCGAGAGUUCAUAUCAUGGUGUCAUCACAGAAAACACAGAUGUGGUUCUGUUGGAUCCCCCUUUAGUCGCUCUGGACAAAGACGCACCCGUACCGUACGCAGGUGAGAUAUGUGGGUUUGUCGUGCAGGGUCUCGGCACCCCAUUCGAGGCUGUGGUUCUGAACAGCACGUCAGGAGAGGGGCAGCUGCGGGCGCAUGGACCAAUUGACUGUGAGCGUCAGAGAGAGUACACUUUCAUCAUACAAGCACAUGACUGUGGCACAGGACCGAUGGGCAGUGGAGAGAAGAGAUCACACAAGGCAGUGGUGCACAUCCAGGUGGGAGAUGUGAAUGAAUUCUCCCCUGUGUUUGGUCAAUCGGAAUAUCAUGGCUCAGUGACAGAGGGUAAAGUGUCUGACAGUAUUCUGCAGGUGCAGGCGUUAGACGACGACUGCUCUCCUCAAUACAGUCAGAUCUGCAACUAUCAGAUCAUCACUGAGGACACACCCUUCGUAAUAGACCACAACGGUAACAUUAGGAACACGGAGAGUCUGAGCUUUGAUAAGAAGUCACAUUAUAAAAUCCGAGUGACUGCGUUUGACUGUGGUCAGAAGACAGCAGUGGAGGACGCUGUGGUAUACAUCCAUGUAAAACCCAUCUGCAAGCCUGAAUGGCAAGCCUGGAAAAAGUGUGUUGACUAUGAACCAGGCAUGGGGAGUAAACUGUUAUUUCCCAAGAUACACCUGGAGACCUGUGAUGGAUCUGUGUCCUGGAUUAGGAUCACAGUGGAGCUGGUUACCAGUCAUGUUGGAAAUGGUUGCAACAGAGAGGCGCACUCUGAGAGGUCAUUACAGAAGCUCUGUGGAGCUUCAUCAGGCACCACAGAGCUUCUCCCCACCCCUAAUGCCAAUUUUAAUUGGACGGCAACGCUUGUGACGGAUGGUGGUCAGGACAGCAACCUCAUAUACCGGUUUGAUGGUCGUCAAGCUGCCAAGAUCCCAGACCAGGUUGUCCCGCAGAAUCUAUCAGAUCAGUUCACCAUAGCUACAUGGAUGAAGCACGGACCAAGUCCAGGACAGAGAGCGGAGAAAGAAACGCUGCUCUGCAACUCUGACAAAACCGAGAUGAACAGACACCAUUACUCUCUGUAUGUGCAUAACUGCAGACUGGUGUUCCUUUUGAGAACAGAUUACACACAGACCGACUCCUUCAGACCUGCAGAAUUCCACUGGAAAUUAGAGCAGAUCUGUGAUAAGGAGUGGCAUUAUUACGUCAUCAGCAUUGAGUUUCCAGUAGUGACUCUUUAUGUUGAUGGCGUGACCUAUGACCCUUACCUGGUGACAGAUGAUUGGCCCAUCAACUCCCCUCAGAUCGACUUGCAGCUCACCGUAGGAGCCUGCUGGCAAGGUGGCGAAGUCUCUAAAGCAAAGUUCUCUCAGUAUUUUCGAGGCAGUUUGUCUGGACUGACAGUUCGACCGGGAAAGAUUGAAAGCCAGAAUAUCAUCUCAUGUCUACAGGCCUGUAAAGAGGGGCUGGACAUCACCUCACUGAAAGGCCUCGGACAGAGGAUAAAGUUUCACUUCAAUCCCGCUCAGUCUCUUGUGGUGAUGGAGGGUGAGGAUUUGGAGCAGGUGAAUGCUGCUCUGAGGAAAGUUUCUUACAUGAACUCUCGCCAGAUUCCCACCGCUGGAGCGCGUCACCUCCGGGUCUCAACAGCAGUGCAGUGUUUCGGAGAGGACAAGUGCAUUUCUGUUCCUGAUAUUGAGGCAGUUGUCAUGGUAAUGCAGCCCAGUAAACCACACAUCACAAUCACUGGGGUGGAGCACCUUACUGUCCCCGCCUCCGACCUUGCCCAAGGCCUAUCACUGUUCAGGGACUUGCAUAUCAUCAGUACUGUUACAAAGGGUGAUGAACCUACAUAUAACACAGAUCAUAGGUCAGGUGUAUUGAUGGAAAUCACUCAUAAUCUGGACUAUUGUGACAUCAUGGUGUUGGGGGAGGAGUUAAGAGUGGGGCUAGAGAGUCUAGAACUGCAUCGCAGCGCCUUGUUGGGCAGACAACUAGAAUACGCUAACUCUACCACCGGCAUGUCCAUAUAUGGUGUAGACUCCAUUUCUCACUACACAGAUGUGAUCAGAGAGGUGCGUUAUCAAAGCCGUCAAGCUGUCGACUCUGUCCGAUCCUUCAGAUUGGUUUGUUCCGAACUCAAUGGACGUUAUACCAGCAAUCAGUACACACUACAGGUCAACAUUCUGCACAGAGUGGAAGCCACUGAACAUGUCAAUCAUGUGAUGGCCCCGCCCAAAUACAUGCAAAUGAUUCAUCCUAUGGUAGUGGAAUCUAACACCCACAGUUUAGCUGUACCCAGUGCUGCCAUUGUUGUGAUUGUUGUGUGUAUCUCCGCCCUGGUGGUGGUGGUUGCGCUGGGUGUUCACCACCUCUAUCAAACACGUUACAAAGAGGAUAUGCAGACACAGAAGCUGCAAGAAAAACAACUGGAUUGGGACGGCUUGUGUCUAUCCAUCACUGUCAACCCACUGGAGAGUUUUAAAGAACUGCAACCUGCAGAAGAACUAACAGAGGAAGAAGACGAUGAUGAAGAUAUCUCUAGUACUGAAUCAGACAGUGAUGAAGAAACUACAACAUCUGUCAUACACCAUCAAGCCACAUUGCAAUGGAGAAAAGCAACAAUACACUGAGAAAACAAACAUAUGCCUGUACAUACAUACACUCAAAAAUACAACACUCUACCUGUAACAUCUCAAUGGCAGUACAUCCUGCAACACAUGACCGUUUUUACACAUUAAAAGACUCAACCCUCUCACAAACACUGACAAACACUGAAAAGACA